CCUGCCCACACGCUCCGGUUCUCCCUCCCUCCCCGCAACCUAUAUAAACCCUCUCUUCCCCCGUUCCAUUUUUCACACCACUCUCUCUCUCUCUCUCUCUCUCUCUCUCUCUCUCUCUCUCUCUCUCUCUCUCUCUCUCUCUCUCUCUCUCAAGAGUCAGCUCAAGGACUUACUCUCAGCGGUUCAACGUUUACGGCAAGCUGCGAGCAUCAUUCAGCCUAGGGGCUGGGCGCAAGGAUUCGUUUUAGGUUGUACCAGAAGCUAGCAAUGGUUUUGCCCAUGUCUCGCGCAACAAGGCCCGCGUCGAGGCUGGUGCCGGAGGUUCCAUUGCUGAGGCGGAGCAAGCAGGCGGCAGCUAGCGAGGAGGUGGCGGUGCCGGCGCACUUCCGGUGCCCGAUCUCGCUGGAACUGAUGCGGGACCCGGUGACGGCGCCCACGGGGAUCACGUACGACCGGGAGAGCCUGGAAGGGUGGCUGGCGCGGGGACACACAGCCUGCCCCGUCACCGGCCGCCCCGUGCGGCUCGCCGACCUCUUGCCCAACCACGCCACGCGCCGGAUGAUCCAGGACUGGUGCGUCGCCAACCGCGCGCGCGGGGUGGAGCGGGUGCCCACGCCCAGGGUGCCCCUCGGUGAGGCGGACGCGGCCGACGCGGUCGCGGAGGUCUCUUCUGCGGCCAGGCGCAGGGACGCGGCGGCAUGCGGGGUGGCCGCGGCCAGGGCGAGGGCGCUCGGGAAGGAGAGCGACCAGAACAGGCGGUGCCUCGCGGCGGCAGGUGCGGCGCGCGCGUUGUCGGCGGCGUUCGGAUGCCUCGCCGGGGAGCGCGUCGAGGGCGCCGGCGCAGUCUCGGGUGCGAUGGGGGAGAUCCUUGCUGCGCUGACCGUGUUCUUCCCACUCGACGACGAGGCACGGAGCUGCAUUGCCUCCCCGGCCUCGCUCAAGUCCCUCGUCUCGGUGAUGUCCCACGGCGAGCUUGCCGCGCGGGCCAGCGCCGCCAUCGUGCUCCGGGAGCUCGCCUCGUCGGCAAACCCGCACACCCUCGAUGCAGUCUCGAAGACCCCAGGCAUGUGCGGCGUGCUCGUCGGCCUCGUCAGGAACCCGGUCUCCCUGCAGGCUACCAAGGCCGCGUUGGUCACGGCCUACUACCUCGUCUCCGCCUCCGACCGCGCGGCAGCCCGCCUUGCCGAGCUCGGCGCGGUGCCAGUGGUCGUCGAGCUCCUCGUCGACGCUGACAAGGGCACGAGCGAGAAGGCGCUCGCCGCCCUCGACGGCGUCCUGUGCGUCGACGCCGGGCUCGCGGCCGCGCGCGCGCACGCGUUGGUCGUCCCGGUGCUCGUCAAGAAGAUGUUCCGCGUGUCCGACAUGGCCACGGAGUUCGCCGUCUCGGCGCUCUGGCGCCUCUGCCGCGCGUCCGAAGCCGGCGCCGCCGCUUGCCGUGCAGAGGCGCUGCGCGUGGGCGCGUUCCAGAAGCUCCUGCUGCUGCUCCAGGUCGGCUGCGUCGGCGUGACCAAGGAGCGCGCCAGCGAGCUGCUCAAGAUGCUCAACGGCUCCAGAGGCAGCGUCGAGUGCAUCGAAACCGUUGACUUCAAGGGGCUCAAGAGGCCAUUUUGAUCGGCCUAGGGAGAUAAAUUCAGAGCAUUUUUCGUUUUUUUUGUGAAGAUUGAUUUCUGAUUUAGAUCAGAUGUGUGGAUAAAAGAUACAGACAGAAUGAUUAGGUUUAGGAAUUUUUUUUGACACUGUAAUUGAGCAUUCAUAUACAAAGGGAUCAACAAACAGGACAAUUGAAAAUUCUUUCUUGCCAAACAAA